GCGACAGCUUUGCUUUAUCGCGACCGCCUCACCAAAGCCAGCCAAUAACCAACUUUGGUCUCGGCCCUGCGGGCGUAGGGGGCUACUGCUGGUCUUGGAGGACCAAAUGCGACUGGAUCUGCCCGGUCCCAGCGCUCCGGAAUGCGAGCUGGGAAACCUUGUCUCAGACCCAUUAACUCUGUUUGCCGCUGUAACCAAACGUGGCCCAUUGACGAGUGACAGCUCCAUGCAAUAUGCUACAUGUAUGAUUACGAUUACCCUGGCCCUUGCUGCCCGGGUGCCACGGGUCGGACUUGGCGUGUAAUAGCACCACCACGUUUCUCACCUCUGCUGAGUAGAGCAGAGGCACACACCACCACGCGCCGCCGUAAGGGAAGAAGGCAUUGACUUUUCUCGGCGCUCUUCAUAAAUGCCACCGGGCCGACCGGUUCUCCUUCCUCCCGCCUGGCCUCCCUUCUGUUUCUUCCAUUCUAAACCUUAUUUAUUCUUCUUGCAGCGGCUGUUUCCCUUUAUAGUCAACCGCCUUGCAUCACUCAUUCACUUACUCACUUGCUUAUACUCAUACUCACCCGAAGUCGGUCUUCGUCCCAUACCGCAGCAGCGCACUCUUAUCGCAAUACGCCACGAUACACCUUACCCUUCCCACCUCCCAGCUCUUGAUUUUCUUCGCUCUGCGUAAUUGCUGAAUAUUUUGCGACCAGCCUGACAUGAGCUUUGUUAUUGACAAUAUUCCAUCACGCGCAGUGGCUACAGCUUGUGCGAACCAGGACCAUACAGGACUGACCCUUGAAGACCUCCUACACAACUCACUGGUGUUGGCGCAUAUCGUUCCUUAUCUGCCUGCAUCUAGUAUUCUUAAUCUUGCUGCCACAAACUCGUCGUUCCGUUCGCUUCUUAGCCACUCGCCCGGCGUAUUUCGCCAUCUAAAUCUCAGCACUGUCAAGGCAGCGCAAUUCAACAUUGAUCAGAUUGAUCACGGCGGCGAGGUUUGGAGAAAUGUCCAGCUCGACGAGAAUCUAACAGAGGACGACUUCUAUUCGGGCCCUCUGCGAGGGAUCGUUUCCACCUUGCGCCGGCGCAACAUCCUGGGUGAUGUGCAGACUCUAGUUCUUGACGGGUUAUCCGUCACCUCGGACUUUGUUCACGAUGUGAUUAACGAUCCAUCGUACAACAUUCGCAUCCUUUCUCUGAGAGAGACCAAGAAUCUCAACCACGGGAAGCUGCGCAACGCUUUGCAGUAUGCUUGCAGGCCAAGCCGAGCAGAGGGAAUGCCCCGCCUCAAGGGAGUCUACAUCUUUGGUAAGAAAGAUUACCAGAGCGCAUCUUCGUCGUCAAGGCAUGCGCAUAACCACAGCGCCUGGGGACACCAGGCGGCGGCUGCCCAAGAGGACGCGGCAAUGACACAGGCCCAGCAGUUCGGCGAUGAGUGGUGGAACACGCGUGGGCGCAUCUACCCGCGCGGCAUGCCGGACGCCUGGGCGCAAUGUCUCAUUGCCUGCCAGGGCAUUAUUGCCUUUGACGCUGUUCUGUGCCAAGGACCACGACAUUCCAACUCGGCUGAAUUUGGCAAGCAUCGCUUGCACGCCGAUUCACGGCCAGCAGUGGCCACGUACUCUGUGCCAGGCUGCGCAGGAUGCGGCAAAGCACCUGAGGGCGUCUUGCACCCGGAUACAUGUGCGCCGGCUUCGCUGCCUCUCCUGGCGCCGCUGCCCAUCAUGUCAUCGUCACUGCGUGCUGCGACAGUGCCUAGCAAUCCCGGUGAUGGCCUCAUUGCUCGAUGCACAGACUGCCUGAGGGAGCGCUACUGCUCGGGCUGCCACAAGUGGUGGUGUGAGGCUUGCUACUUGCUACCGGAGCAGGCGGCGGAUUCCCAGCCUCAGAUUCAGAUCCUCGAUGACGACCACUCAGCUGAGACGCUGGCAUUCAACGACUUUGCCGAGUUGGAUGAAGUAUUUACGACGGCAACGAAAUUCAAGGUACGUGAUGGCUACUGUCGGCGGUGUACGAUAGAGAUGCGCCGAGCAGCCACUGGUUCGUAACCGCUGUGGCUGCUGCACAUGUAUCUCUCUGUGCCCGCUGCCUGUGGGAGACGACGAUCCGAACUUAUCAUGCAAGAUGAGUUUGUUGUGUUUGUUUGCACCUGCUUUCUCGCGUAGGCGUCACGACUGACCAAGAGUUGCUGGGAGUGCGGCACCAACGUAAGUGUACUAUUUGUAACAGUCUUAGCGAGUGACAGCUAACAUGCCUAGUGCAACGACUGCAUUGAGCGGACACAGCGAAUUUGCACCAAGUGCUGCGCAGGAUACUGGUGUGUAUCGCGCGGUAGAAGCCUUGCACGCAAGAAGGCAUCGGGAUACUCGUCCUCGCCACCAGACCGAUUUGCCUCAUCGCCCAACCACCACAAGGGCUUUCUCAUGAACAUUGCUAGCGAGCGCGGAGUUACAGCUGCGGCGGCAUUUGCUGCCCGACAGGGGCGUUUUUGAUUUUCUUGUCAUAUGUCACGCACAAAAAGGACCAUGAUUUGACGCAUUUUUGAAGGUUACCGGAUACCAAUUUGAUCUUUUUUCCCUUUCUUUUCACACAUCUCCUCUCAGCCUGCAUUUCUAGUUUAUAGCCUAUUAUUUCCCCUCAUAUACUUUUUAGCCUGGUAUACAUAAUACUCUUCCAAAUCCAAUUCGUACAAAACAUUCAGAGCCUCACCCGCCAUAAUGUGCUUUUGAUAUCAAGUGCCUACCAGUAGUAGUGCUAAACGCCUUCCCCCCGUCCUAAAACGCCGAUAACCAUGCAAAUAAAUGUGUGUUGUGUAAUGUUGUGCAUUUCAUCAAAUAUCCCAGCCAGAUGCAAACUUCUUAGCGACCCAUGCCGCGCCAUGCUCCUCGUACUGGGCCUUUGUGACGACGGCCUUUUCCACAUCCGCAUGUCCCGCAAAGUUGGCAGCGCCGGCCCAUGUACAAGCUAUGGGGUCAGGUGGUCUUGCUACGCGGACUACGCAGUCGUCAGGGACUCGCUGGACAACUUCACGCUGUAAGCGCUGCACGAAGCCGUCAAAGUAGGCAUUGCCGCCGACAACGACAAUGUUGGCAAGUAGGCCGGGCCACAAUCCAACGGGUAAACUGUGCAGAGACUGCUGGAUCAAGUCGGGAAUGCCGGGCUCGCGCAGCCCGCAGUCGGACGGGUUGAAGAGAAGUUCUGGAAUGGCGAAGCGCUCGUUUCGUAGCGUCAGGAUGUCGUCUUCGUUGGGCAGCCGCGGGGCCUGGUGCUUCGAUUUGACGUGGAGGGCCGGAUCGUAGUCUCUUAGGAUACCCUUGUGUUUCGUGUGGAAGUCGGGAAGAACAUAAUCCUUGACAAUGCCGCCGCCCGUGGCAUAGUCGGGACGCUUCUCGCCGCGCGUGCCCUUCCAUGUCUUUUCCAGAUCGUCUUUAAAGUCAAGGGACACAAAGCAUGCUGCCUCUUUCAUCUCGUUGACAAUAUAGUAGUCGUUUCGCAUGUCAAAGUGGCGCAUGGAGAUGAGGCGCGCCAGGUAGUUGGUCAAAAACUUGCCGCCCACAUCCAGCCGGCGCACGCCAGCAUGCAGCGUCUGGCCACGAAAGACGGGUGUAAUGGUAGUAUGCGAGUAUCCCGAGUCGACAACGAGGCAAAUUUCAGCAGGUGCCGGCGCCGCCGUCGCAGCAUCCUUGGGUGUGCGGAAGAGGCUCUGGAGAUCGUGGUAGGCGUUAAACGCGGGCCCAACACCGCGGAAGUAGCUGGCAAAUCCAUACUCUUCAAAGACAAUCUGGUCGCAAUUUGUCUGGAGGACCGGCAGGCCAUUCGGCGCUUCGGCCAGGAUCAGCCGGGCAUCCUUGGGGUCGCAAUGGAGCGGCGCAUCGUCGUCAAAGAGCUCGCGCUCCCAAAUGUCCUUUUGGACCUCCCAGUUGACAACGAAGCCCUUUUCGACGGGGCGGCGGAACUGGAUCUCGCCAAAGUCGCGGCACUUGGAGAUGUCGCUGCCGACGUAGACGUGACGCGCGCGGUCGCGGGCAAUCGAGUUGGGAAUCACGCGCGGUGCCGAUGAGGAUGCGAGGAAGCCGGCCUUGAUGGUGUCGGCGCCAUUGUCGAGGAUGAGAGUUGUCGGUGGGCGCGAGGGCUGCACGUGCUUGGGCUUGCGACCGCCCGGCAUGAUUGGGAUGGUCGCGUUUGCUGUUUUUG